AGCCUCUCCAGGCCCCGCCUCAGGUCGGCCUCGGACUACAAAUGGACGUGAGAGGCGGCCGCACGUUAGUUAGCGGCUCCGGACCGACGCGGCCGCGAUCCUUGAGGCCUACGGGCACGACGGGGGCGGGUGGAACGCGCCGGUGGAGCGGGCACCCGGGCUACGGCGGCCGGCAGGGGGCGGCGGCGGCCGUUGCCGAAGGUCCGGAGGUGGGGCCGCGGGCCUUGGGCGCUGCGAAGCCGGCGGGCCUAAGCUUUGCCGCGGCCGGGCGCGGGCUGAGGCCAUGGGCGACCGCGGCGGCGCGGGCGGCUCUCGGCGCCGGAGGACAGGGUCGCGGCCCUCGAGCCACGGCGGCGGCGGGCCUGCGGCGGCGGAAGAGGAGGUGCGGGACGCUGCUGCGAGCCCCGACGUGGGAGCCGCGGGGGACGCGCCAGCCCCGGCCCCCAGCAAGGACGCAGACGCCGGCGUGGCCAGCGGCCACUGGGAGCUGAGGUGCCAUCGCCUGCAGGAUUCUUUGUUCAGCUCUGACAGUGGCUUCAGCAACUACCGUGGCAUCCUGAACUGGUGUGUGGUGAUGCUGAUCUUGAGCAAUGCCCGGUUAUUUCUGGAGAACCUCAUCAAGUAUGGCAUCCUGGUGGACCCCAUCCAGGUGGUUUCUCUGUUCCUGAAGGAUCCCUAUAGCUGGCCCGCCCCGUGUCUGGUUAUUGCGGCCAAUGUCUUUGCUGUGGCUGCGUUCCAGGUUGAGAAGCGCCUGGCGGUGGGUGCCCUGACGGAGCAGGCGGGACUGCUGUUGCAUGUGGCCAACCUGGCCGCCAUUCUGUGUUUCCCAGCGGCUGUGGUCUUACUGGUUGAGUCCAUCACUCCAGUGGGCUCCCUGCUGGCGCUGAUGGUGCACACCAUCCUCUUCCUCAAGCUCUUCUCCUACCGUGAUGUCAACUUGUGGUGCCGCAGGGCCAGGGCCAAGGCUGCCUCUGCAGGGAAGAAAGCCAGCAGCGCCGCUGCCCCGCACACCGUGAGCUACCCGGACAACCUGACCUACCGCGAUCUCUACUACUUCCUCUUCGCCCCCACCUUGUGCUACGAGCUCAACUUUCCCCGCUCUCCCCGCAUCCGGAAGCGCUUUCUGCUGCGACGGAUCCUUGAGAUGCUGUUCUUCACCCAGCUUCAGGUGGGGCUGAUCCAGCAGUGGAUGGUCCCCACCAUCCAGAACUCCAUGAAGCCCUUCAAGGACAUGGACUACUCACGCAUCAUCGAGCGCCUCCUGAAGCUGGCGGUCCCUAACCACCUCAUCUGGCUCAUCUUCUUCUAUUGGCUCUUCCACUCCUGCCUGAAUGCCGUGGCUGAGCUCAUGCAGUUUGGAGACCGGGAGUUCUACCGGGACUGGUGGAACUCCGAGUCUGUCACCUACUUCUGGCAGAACUGGAACAUCCCUGUGCACAAGUGGUGCAUCAGACACUUCUACAAGCCCAUGCUUCGACGGGGCAGCAGCAGGUGGAUGGCCAGGAUGGGGGUGUUCCUGGCCUCGGCCUUCUUCCACGAGUACCUGGUGAGCGUCCCUCUGCGAAUGUUCCGCCUCUGGGCGUUCACGGGCAUGAUGGCUCAGAUCCCACUGGCCUGGUUCGUGGGCCGCUUUUUCCGGGGUAACUAUGGCAACGCAGCUGUGUGGCUGACGCUCAUCAUUGGACAGCCAAUAGCCGUCCUCAUGUACGUCCAUGACUACUACGUGCUCAACUAUGAGGCCCCAGUGGCAGAGGCCUGAGCUGCACCCAAGGGCCUGGCUUCUCACUGCCACCUCACACCGCUGCCAGAGCCUGCCUCUCCUCCUGGGCCCCGAGUGCUGGGGAUGGGCCUGGCUGCACAGCACCCUCCUCCUGUCCCAGGGAGGCCUCUCUGCCCCUAUGGGGCUCUGUCCUGCACCCCUCAAGGAUGGCGACAGCAGGCCAGACACAGGCUGAUGCCAGCUAGGAGUCUUGCUGACCCUGCCCUGGGUCCGAGGAUGUCAAUAAAGUGCUGUCCAGUGAC